UGGACCGGGCGGCGGACAGCAUUUGUCUAUUCCGGGAAGGGGAUCGCCCAGCAGGCGAGCCCAAGAGCGUUGGCCAUGGCCUCCAACUUUAACGACAUAGUCAAGCAGGGCUACGUGAAAAUCCGCAGCAGGAAGCUAGGGAUUUUCAGAAGAUGCUGGUUGGUUUUUAAGAAGGCUUCUAGCAAAGGACCAAGAAGGCUAGAAAAAUUUCCAGAUGAAAAGGCAGCUUAUUUCAGAAACUUUCACAAGGUAACUGAACUGCACAACAUCAAAAAUAUAACCAGGCUGCCUCGAGAGACAAAGAAGCACGCAGUGGCAAUUAUCUUUCAUGACGAAACGUCAAAGACAUUUGCUUGUGAGUCAGAGCUGGAAGCUGAGGACUGGUGCAAGCACCUCUGCAUGGAAUGCCUAGGGACGAGGCUGAAUGACAUCAGCCUAGGAGAGCCUGACCUGCUGGCAGCUGGGGUGCAACGGGAACAGAAUGAGCGAUUCAAUGUUUAUCUUAUGCCUACACCCAACUUGGAUAUUUAUGGUGAAUGCACAAUGCAGAUCACUCAUGAGAAUAUCUAUCUCUGGGAUAUCCACAAUGCCAAGGUCAAGCUGGUAAUGUGGCCUCUUAGCUCGCUGAGGAGAUACGGUCGGGAUUCAACGUGGUUCACCUUUGAAUCAGGAAGAAUGUGUGACACAGGAGAAGGCCUAUUCACUUUUCAAACAAGGGAAGGAGAAAUGAUCUAUCAGAAGGUCCACUCUGCAACACUAGCCAUAGCUGAGCAACAUGAAAGACUAAUGCUAGAAAUGGAGCAGAAGGCCCGGCUUCAGACAAGCUUGACUGAACCAAUGACGUUAUCGAAAUCCAUCUCUCUUCCUCGUAGUGCAUACUGGCAUCACAUUACGCGUCAGAACAGCGUUGGAGAAAUCUACAACUUGCAAGGUCAUGGGUUUGGUUCGUCAAAGAUGUCCAGGGCACAGACGUUCCCCAGCUAUGCUCCAGAACAGAGUGAAGAGGCUCAGCCACCAUUGUCACGGUCCAGCAGCUAUGGAUUCAGCUAUAGCUCCAGCCUCAUUCAAUGACACAGAGACGCCACCAAUGACCAGCAAGACAGUGUGCCCUGGACCUGCCAUGGGGUCACUUCGCCCUGUGCCUCCUAGAAGACCAAUUGCAGUACAAAUUAACAUUGGUAGGGCCCAGUCCCAACUGGAAGGUUAAAAACUGGAGUUCUGCUUCCUUGAUUCAGUGGUUAAGUCCUUAUUUAUUGAAUUUCUAUGGGGAAAUCUAUGUUUUACAAAAAAAAUAGAAUCCAAUAAUAUGAACACUCAUUUAAAUAAUGAAAACUUCUUGUGUCUGACAGUAGCAGAAGCUUUGGAACUGGGAAAUCUUUCUAGUUGGGUGGGGGGCACUGAUAUUUGUCGUUAAGGCUGGGUGUUUCUGUUCAGACCCAGAGCCUGUCUUUUGAUCUAAUAAUGACCCACUGCAAGCCCGUGGCUUUUUCAGUUUUGACAGAAACAAAUCAACUAAUCUCUAUAGAUGGCAUCUUAACUCUCCAUGUCAAGAAACCCAGUGACAAUGAAGGGAAUGUGAAAUUAGAAUACUCCACUAAGAAAGGCCCUGUAGUGUGUGUGUGUGUAUGUGUGUGUGUGUGUGUGUGUGUGUGUGUGUGUGUGUAUGUGUUUAGCCAUGGAUAUUAUUAAAUCAAUCUACAGAUAAGUAUAUCAAAUGUGCUUAGGGUGACAUGAUAUGCUCACUUAAAUUAUUGAAAACUAAUUUGUUGCAUUAAAAUUAAGAUUGUUAUGUCGAAAAGCUAUUUUUAAAAUAGUGCUGCCAAGAAAUGAAAAAGGCUCCCUGCUGGCAACAGUAUUCUCUGUAGUUAUGAGGCGUAUGAAAGGAAAAACAAGAGGGAAGUGGUUUUAAAAGCAAGUUAACCAGGCUAGCUGCCCU